UGCGCUGUCGGGUCAUCGCCCUGCCCCUGCUGUGGCUCCAGCUCCUCCCGCUGCUGCCCCUCUGCGCUUUGCGAGGUAAGCAGAGCAGGGUUUAAGCCGUCAGGGGAAAGCGUAGAGGGAGGCUUCCUGGAGAGAGAGGUCGCUCCAUCCCUAGAAAUGACGGGUCUGCGCCGGGCUGACCCUGAAAGGAGACGGGGAGCGCGGGGGAGGAAUUCCUAGAAGCUGCGAGGGGCGCCCAACCUUCCCCGACUCCGGGUCCCCAACGCGUGCGAGGCCGACUUCCGAGGAGAAAAGAGUCCGCAGCGCCUCUGGUCCACGACUCCGGCUGCCCGCGAGCGCCGGGCCGGAGUUAACCCCGGACUCUAGAGACGCGCAGACGCUAGAAAGUGGGGAGCUGUCCUAAGCCAGAGAAGCAAGCACCGGGGUCCGGGCCAGCUCUGUGCCCAGCUUUAGGCGCAGGUAAAAGGAAAACAACGCCCGGGGAGUAGCUCCUGAAGUCCAAACCAACUUCUUGGCUUCUUGGCUGAGCUCCCGGGAGUUUCAUCCAUUCGAUUUCCAGUUUCAGAUCCUCCUCAUCUUCUUUUGACAGGGAGUCGCAGUUCUCGGUCAGGUGUUUUUAAUUGUUGAAUUAACUACCAAGGGUUAAUGUACUGAAAGCUCACUCUUAAUGAGCAAAAAUGUGAGUUUCAGAUUUAACUAAGUUAUGGUUUGAGGAAAAGUUAGAAGGAAGACACCAGCAUCGGAGGAUUUAGAAAAUGAAAAACCUCUGCUUAUUGGGAAAGUAUUAGGAUCUGAUUCCAGGAGAGUAGAGACCUCCAUACUGGAUACCGAGGAAGGAGAUAUAGUCUAGUGCAAUCAAUAGUAUUUAUUAAGAACUUAUUAUAUACCAAGCACCACAGCUGGAAGAAUACUUGUUGGGGAGAUAGAAUAACUGGAUUCUAGUAUGACUUUGAGCCACUUGGAAGUUUCUUCUUUUCUGAAUACGUCUCAGGGACUUAGAGAAACACUGCAGUUCAGAUUCCUGUAGUUGCUUAAAUCAGGAGGAAGCCUACGGAACUGGUAGAUUAAGCUCCCCGACUGCAGGUAAGAAAGAGGGAAGAGAAUUGUAGAGGAUGAACUGGAACCAAUCAUCAGAGUAAAGAUUCCGGGUUUAGAUGAGAGAGAUGACUGUGUUAGGAACUUCUUGACAAAAUUUAUUGGCGGAAGCAACCAGUGUGGUGAUCGUUGCAAGAUGAUGAGCUCAGAGAGGCCUCUAAGAAUGCCCACAACCACCUCAAAUUGACUUUGCCUUCUUUGAAACACAAGUGUAUAUGAAGGGCACAAUCCUAGACUGUUCCUGUAAACAUGGUUAUGAUAGGAAGGAAGGCACUCCCUUGUUCAUUGUGUGUGGAGGAGUCAGCUCAAGGUAUUCUUCCUGGAAUGGAAAGUGUCAGUGUAAACGUAAAGCCCCUCAGAGCCAAGAAGAACAAAGUGUUACAAGUGCUCCUGGAGAACAGAAAGACAGAACUCAAACUACAAAGAACAGACUUCAGAUUUAUAAUCUCACAAGUCACUGCCAAGAACCUGUACUUUGGAGCCAUGCUAGUGAAACAAUGAGUUAUCAGUUUGUGGUGGGACAGAAACUUCAGUAUCAGUGUCUCAAAACAGCUAAGUAUGGAAGAACUGUUGAGAGUAUCUGCAGGAAAACCAAUGGAAAACCAACAUGGACUAAACCUGAUUUGAAGUGCACCAAUGCCGAUUCUACUGAAACAUCUGUACCAUCUUUAAUUAUUGCAGAAGAUCUGAUAUCAACUUCCACUGAAACAUAUGUAUUAUCUUCAUUAACUACAGAAGAUAAAAUGUCAACUUCCACUGAAACAUCUAUGCCAUCUUCAUUUACUACAAAAUAUAAGAUAGUACUUGCUGCUUGUGUUUUCCUCCUAAGUUUUGUAAUCUUCCUGGUCUGGAUCAUCUGGAGGAAAAGAUGGAGAAGGAGGAGAAGGCAAACUAACAAAGAAAAGACCAAAACAAGAGAAGUAAGAAGCCAACAAUACUGUGGCAAGGAUCACAUGACUGACUAUCCCAUAGGACUCUUAGAUACUUAGUAUGCUAGAAGCCUUCCUUAUUUUUCUCUGACAUGCCAAAGAGCAACCACAUAAGCUAAAUGUUCACCUGUCGAGUCAAAAUUAAUGGCAGCAAAUCUUCCAGAAGUGUCAGUUACUGACAUAUUUGAUCACUUAAAUUAAGAAGGAAGACACAGUACCAUAGUUACAGCAAAAACAAAGAUCAGUAUCUAUUAGGACUGCUUUACAUGGACUCUUAUCAGCUUCUAAACUCAGUCCAUCUUGAUCUAUCUGAUGUGACAAGCUGGUGAGCUCUCUAUUAGAAUGGCCUAGUAGGGAGAUAGAAAAAAAAAAAAAAUAGAGCUCUUUGCUAGGCUAAAAUUGUAAGUUUCCUUUAAGUGUCAAAAUAGUCUAUUUCCAUUCAUUUAUUCAUAUAUUCAUUCAUUCAUUUAUUCAACAAAAUGUUUAUUAACCAAUGGUUAUGUAUAGAAUACUGUGCUAAGACUUGAUGAAAUACAAGGAUAAAUAAGACUUGCUUUAUGCCUUAAAAAAUUCUAUUUGGUUGUGGGGUGAGAGAGAAAGGACAUGUACACAUACACACACACACUUCUUUAGAAAUAAUUCUCAAGAGGAUAGAAUAUCAGUAUGUUUGACCUUACUUCCCAGGCUUAGAGGCAAAUGAGAAAAGAAUUACUAUUUUUAAAUCAUCAACUUACCUGAAUCUACUGUAUAACUACAAAUUUUUAACAUACCCUCAAAAUUCUAACACAAAUAAACAGCAUGAUCUUCCUUCUUUCCAGUAUUUAGGUACAAUCUUCAUUCUUUUCCUGUUCAUAGGGAAUUUCUUCUUAUUUCUUUUGUCCCCUUUUUGGAUCUUUUUGAAUAUAUUACCUGUCAAUAUCUCUGUCUCAACUGGAGGAAACAAUGAGGAAGCAGAAGGGAAGUAAAUAUGCUUAAACAAACCUUAAGCAAAUUUGAUUAAGGUGACAAAAUUUAAAAAGCAAAACUAGAACUAUGGUUCCUCCCAUAUGAUAACCCUUUUGCCACCAUUUACUUAGUGGAUGUCAUAUCUGAAAUUUCAGAUUAUUGAGGGAAAAGGGAAGGAUCAUCCAGAGAUAUGAAUGAAGAUUUGUUAGCUAAUAAAUACAAUAUUCCUAUAAACAGCAGAACAUAAAGAAAAAAUGCUCGCUACUUUAGGAUUUGUUUUACUUUUGCCCCAAUUUCCUAAUACUGAAUGACACAACCAAACAAAACCCCAGCACAAAUUUAAGUAAUACCUGACCCUUUGGCUCCUUUGCUGACCUUUAAUGACCUGCCCUGCUUUCUGUAAGCUCUUAAGAGUAAAGAUUAUUUCUUUUUCUUUCUUCCUCCUCCUCUUCUUCUUCUUCUUUUUGUAUUUGUGUCCUUAACAUGCUGAAUAGAGCAUAACUAGCAUUUUUUAAAUAAUUGAUUAUUAAUGAAUUUGAUGUUAAACACACUAAAAGCUACAGACAAAUUCACUUUUUUCUUAUUAUUUAAGAUAGCUUAAUUCUAUUUUGUCUUCAUUGGAAACAGCUACUUAGAUUAUAAAUUCUCAGAAAGCAAGUGACAUGACUAUAAUUUUAUAUAGCAUUUCACAUAGUAUUUUAUCCAUUUGGGCACUAUGAAUAUAAUCAGAAAAUUUAGGGCUCAAAGGAUCUCAGAUGAUUAUCACUAGGACUAGACUGCAAUUCAAAUACACCAAUGUAUUUGUGACCUUGUUGAUUUUAAUACUCUUUCUAAUGAUAAAACUGUCAAUCCAUUCAUGUUUGCUCAUUCUAUAUAAACUCUUGUCUAUGUCCUCCAUAAGUUUGUUACAUAACAUUCAAUCAACAUUCCAGAGGCCUUCUUUAUUUUUUUCCUGACGUCCCAAUGAUAUCAGGGAAACACUCAGGCUAUCUACUUAUAAUACUUUAUCCUCAGUAGGUGACUAACUAGAAUACAUGACAUAUAAAUACAAACCAAGUCAAUUAUGUAAUUGUACUUCUCUGACCACAUUUGGCUAAAUCAAAAUGUAUAAUAAAACUAACAUUGACAUACAUAUUAGAAAGCACCUCUUAGCAAAUGUGUGAGUUGGAGUAGCUUAACUCAAUUCCCAAAUUGUUCUUGGUAGAAACAGCAUGGAUCCACCAGAGUUCCAAAUCCAGAGCUCUCCUUGGACUCAGGUCCUAGCAAUCCUGACUUCCUUGCCAGUUUGACUGCAAAAUCUGGUCUGAAAUCCUGCCUGCGUAAUCAUCAUGAUUCAAUUCCAGAUCCAGAGACUCUACCACUUAUGCCUAGAACUAAAAACAAUAAGCAAAACCAAACCCUGAGCCCAUUUCUUGGGCCUAUAGUGCAUGAUGGGGGAAGCCAUAAUGUGAAUGAAUAGGAUAGGUACUCUUUGAACAUUACCAGAAAAGAUGUCUUAAAGUGAUAUAGCUUGUUCUGAUUAUGCAAACAAAGGGAAAAGACUAUCUUUAGGUAGAUGGUAAGGGAAUGUAGAAAGUCUUCUCCCAAAAGCAAGUCCCUAAUAUCUACCACAUUUGCAUCUUCAUGUUACGUAAUCUGAGAAUGCACAAAGCAAAGCCCCACAUAAAUAGAAUUAUACUUCAUACUUAACGGGCAUAUAUGUUACAAACAAAGUCUAAAAUCUGUUUUCAGAUAAGCAUAUGGCCAAGUAGGAACUAUCUGAAAUUUUAAAAUAUGCAUUUUAAGGUCUUUUAAAACUAUUCGUACUAUUAGCUGAGUAGAGCUAAGCCAAAUAGGUAAUUUUCUGUCCAAACAAAUUCUGUAGUCUCUUUGACUUUCAGCUAACCAAAAUUCUCAAAAUUAUGCAUAGUAAAGAAGUACUUUUAUGAAUUCUUUUUUUUUAGCUUAAUGCAAGUUAGAUAUUAAAUAGUAUCUAUUACCAAGAUAGGUGUUAUAAUUCCAUUAGGAAUACUAUUUCAGGGGUGGCUAGAUGGCACAGUGUAUAGAGCACCAGUCCUAAAGUUCCUGAGAUCAAAUUCAGCUUCAGACAUUUAAUACUCACUGGGCAAGUGAGUUGGGCAAGUCACUUAAUCCAAAUUGCCUUGCCACCACCAUCCCCCCAAAAAGGAGUACUAUUUCAAAAUGAGGUGAGUUUAAAUGGUGUGACUCAAUACAAAACAUUUACUAUGCACUGAGUAUAGUUCUUUUGAUUUGAAGAGGGCUUAUUUUCCAUUAACAAAUAGAUGCCUAUUUAAAUGAACUAGUUUCUAAAUGUGAGCCAUAACAAAGGAGAAAUGUGAAUAAUUAGGAAUGUGCUCCUAAUUAUUCCUCCAAUAGAACAAAUUUCAUCUUAUAAAUGUAUUCUUUCUUCCCACACUUAGCCUACAGCAAACCAAUUUAUGGUUUUCAAAAGACAAUAUCUGGUUUCAUUCACAAAGACUUCUUCCCAAAAGUAAUAGACUCUCACUCACUGCAGAAGUAAUAUUUUUUAAAAGUUGAAGUUAAUUAAUGAAAAAAUUAGCUGACUUUUGUUUCCAAAAAAAAUGUCAUGAAAGAUUUCAGACACAUUCUUAAAUACUAAUAAGAAUGUGUUCUUUUUCUUCUGGAGUGGAACCAUUAAAGAGCUCUUGCCAACCAUGUCCCAAGGACAUAUGUUUUUCAGAUAGCUGGCUGUAAUUAAAAAUAAUUUCUGGUUAUAGAAAAAAGUCAAUAAACAACCCUGUCCUUUCUAGCAUCAUGAGCUAAUUCAUAAUUAAAAAUAGCAUAGAUUCCUUUGAAAGGAUUUUAUUUUUUGAGAACUGUGAUUUUAUUAAUGUAAGUUAUGGGAGAAGACACUCUUUACAAUCCAGAUCAGAAAAUAUUAUACUAUUUAGCAAGCACAAGUAUUUGCUCAAGGUCACAGAGCCAGAAUAAACUAGAGGUGAAUCUUGAACACAGUUUUCUUGAUUCUAUGAUUAGUUUUCUAUACUACAUUGCCUCUUUUAGAAAGAGAUCUGUGAUAUCAAUUCCAACACCUUUGUUUUUCAUUUGGGAGAAGGGAGGGAAUAUAUGUACAUAUAUACAUGUGUGUUUACAUUUUACAUAUGUAU